CUGGAUGCGGCAAGAGCGUCCUAAGGUGAGAAAUUAACAGCAUUUCCGGGGGUGUGAGAUUUAUUACUUGCUGACCAGCUCUCUAGCGCUGCUGCCAUUGAAGAUAUUAAGCGUCUAUGCUUCGUGGAAAAGGGUCAUACAGUAGCCUAUUUCUACUUUACCUUUAGUGACCCGAAGAAGCAAGACUUGCGCAACAUGCUUAGAUCUAUCAUUGGCCAACUGCUACUAGCAAGUUCUGACAUAGGCUUGCCUGAUGAGAUUAUCAAAUUGUAUCGCAGCUCCAAGGCAAGUGGAAUGUUGCCAGAUAUAAAAGAUCUGCAAGUCGCCCUUUCGCAUAUCACGGGGCUCUCCAGAAAGACGUUUAUCAUAUUAGAUGCCUUGGACGAAUUCCCGAAGGCCACACGUGGGAGGCUCCUAUCUUGGAUUGGGGAGCUUAGGGCAGAUCCUGAUGCGGGAUCGCUCUCGCUUCUUAUGACUAGCCGUCCCGAGACCGAUAUUGCGAAAUCCCUAGAACUUCCUACCACUUUUGCAAUACCCCUGCAAUCUAAAUUUAUCGAUCCGGAUAUCCAGUCAUAUAUAGAGAGCUGCCUAGACCGCAGGCCUGGUUUCACGAAAUUUACCGAAGUAAUGAAGGGUGAGAUAAAAGAAAGGCUAGUUUCAGGUUCACAGGGAAU